AUGAUGUAUAGGAGGAUAGCUACCACUGCCCGGAUGGCACCAUUACGCCUCACGCAUUCUCGUCGGCCCAACCCCUUGGUGAUGCUGCCGUCGUUGAUGCAGACCGUGCGAUCCUAUGCCGACAAGGUGGUGAAAGUACCGCAAAUGGCUGAAUCUAUAUCAGAGGGAACGCUGAAGCAAUUUUCGAAGAGCAUUGGCGACUUCGUCGAGCAGGACGAGGAAAUUGCGACAAUCGAGACCGACAAGAUUGAUGUUGCGGUCAACGCCCCGGAGGCAGGAACGAUCAAGGAGUUCCUUGCUAGCGAAGAAGACACUGUCACCGUUGGGCAAGAUCUUGUCCGCAUCGAACUGGGCGGAGCGCCAUCCGGCCAGAAGGAAGAGGGUGAGGCCCCCAAGGACCGGGUACAAGAUGAGCCCAAGGAAAAAGAGGAAUCGAAACAAACAACAGAGAAACCAAACACGGAGCCCAAGCCACAGGUCAAAGAGACAAGCAAGGUGCCAGAGCCUAAGCAGGCAGAGGCGCCAGCGGCUCCGAAAGCGACGUCUAAAGAAGCUCAACAACAAGCAACACAGACAUCCAGCGGAGUGGCUUCCGCAGGCAACCGAGAGGAGCGCCGCGUCAAGAUGAACCGCAUGCGUCUUCGCAUUGCUGAGCGCCUCAAGCAAUCGCAAAACACUGCUGCCUCGCUGACGACAUUCAACGAAGUCGAUAUGUCAAAUAUAAUGGAGUUCCGCAAGCUUUAUAAGGACGAUGUACUCAAAAAGACCGGCGUAAAGCUGGGCUUCAUGAGCGCCUUCUCCCGUGCAGCGGUGCUCGCCAUGCGAGACAUACCUGCCGUCAAUGCUUCAAUUGAAGGCCCCAAUGGCGGCGAUACUAUUGUCUACCGAGACUACGUGGACGUUAGCGUCGCAGUGGCCACUGAAAAGGGACUGGUGACACCCGUCGUUCGCAAUGUCGAAUCGAUGGAUUUGGUUACGGUUGAGAAAGCGAUUGCUGAUAUGGGCAAGAAGGCCCGCGAUGGCAAGCUGACAAUUGAAGACAUGGCUGGUGGUACUUUCACCAUAAGCAACGGUGGUGUGUUUGGCUCAUUGAUGGGAACACCUAUCAUCAACCUGCCACAAAGCGCCGUUCUGGGUCUGCACGCCAUUAAGGACCGAGCGGUUGCCGUCAAUGGAAAGGUUGAGAUUCGCCCUAUGAUGUAUUUGGCCCUGACGUACGACCACCGGCUGCUCGAUGGUAGAGAGGCUGUGCAGUUCUUGGUUAAAGUCAAGGAAUUCAUUGAGGAUCCCAGGCGCAUGCUCCUGUAA